AUGUCGUUCUUCGGGUUUGAACAAAACGACGUCUUAGAAAACGAGAAAAACAGCUUCUUACAAGGCAAGCAGGACCAGGAGGAGCUUGCCGUCUAUACUUGGGGAGAGGAAAGCUAUGAUGGUCUCGGAGACGUCUUGCAAGAGGGUGGGGAUGAGCUCAAUGACGAGACGUUUGGGGGGACGGGUGAAGUCGGCAAAGACUUCGACUUCACGCAACAAGCGCUCCCUUUAGAUGAUCGUCAUAGGCCAACACCGCUGCCUCAUGGAAAUGUCAAAGAGGCAGUCCCUCAAGCACAUGCGCUCUGGGAUGAGAAAUCGCCAUUCUCAGUACUUCCUCGGAUGAAUGGCACAGCCCGCACACCCGUCGAUCACCAUCGCGCGACUUCAUCAUCAAGGCUAUCGCAAUACUCCAAUGGAUCGAUUCCGUCCAAUGGCCAGCCACACGCUUCCUCUCCAUCUCCGUCUAUUGCUCAGUCUAUCUCCCAUGGUAUCACACGCUCUGGUGUUCGAACAUUGGAGGAAAUCGAGGCAGAGAUGCGCGCGGCUGCGCAGAAAUCUCGGACGCAGGCUGCCGUCACACAGCGACAACAGCUCCUGCAGGAACAGCAGCAACAGCAACAGCAAUACUAUCAGCAGCAGCAGCGCUCGGCGCCUCCUAGAAUGCACCCGCAGUCUCAAUCGCCUCGUUUCCAUCAGCAGCAGCAACAUCAGCAACUCAUCUUACAGCAGCAGCGCGAGCAACUCAUUCGGGAGCAGCAGCUACGGGAGCGUCACCGCGAACAACAGAUACGAGAGCGACAGCUCCAAGAGGCCCAAAUGCAAGAGCAACUACGAAUAGAGGAGCUCGAGAGACAGUUACGUGCUCAGCACAUAUCCGAUCUACAACAGCAGCAUCUUUUGCAGAACCAGUAUAUUCACCAGCGGCAGAAUUCUGAUCAGUUAACAGAGCUACAAGUAGUCCAGCAACUCAACCAGCGCAGACAGCGCUCUCCGGCGUUGAUCGAUCCGCAUUUGCAGAAUACCUACCAGGGCCAACAAAUGUUGCCACAAAAUAUUCAGCUCCAACAGCGCCUUUUAUCUGAGCUUGCUCAGGCAGAGUUCAUGCAGAGUAUGCAGGGGGCUACUCAAGAAGAGCAUAUUGCGUUACAACAAGAGGCCAUGCGUAGAAUUGUGGAGACCGAAAAGAUGGAGGAGAAAAGGAGGAGAAAGGCUGCUAAGAUUGCUCAUAUGUCUCGGUACAAUGACCUCAUGACUCAAUCCGACAAGGACUUCAUAACUCGUAUACAAGUUUCUCAGCUCGUCACUCAAGACCCGUACGCGGAGGAUUUCUACGCGCAAGUAUACAGUGCUGUCAUUCGUUCUCGCAUGGGCCUCGAGACUGAUGAACGCGUGCUCAAAUUCGGUUCUGGUGGUGGUGUGGGCCUCGGGAUAGCUCAGAAAGGCGCUGGGCGAAGGCCUAACGCUAUGCAAAAAAUGGAGCAACAGGUGGAGAGAAUCGUGACCAAUGCGCGCUUAAGGGAGAAGGAAAAGGGCAUGCAUUCUGCGCACAGUCUGCAGGGUGCACUGGGUAAAACGUCAGGAAGGAGUUACAAGGCCGCACCACGCCAGCUCCUCCAAGUCGACUCGGCGAACGGAACGACUAGCCCUGCUAUGAGCCACGCUCAUAUCUCCAAAGAAGAUGCUAUUCGUCAAGGUGGUGAAGGUGCCGCAAAAGAGGCAGCGAAGCUAGGAGCUGAAGCACUUGGCGGCGCCGCAGAUCCGGAGGGCAUCGUACAAAAGGAACCCCUGACAUCAAGAGAGACGCUGUAUAUCCUUGAGCACCUCUACGACGUAGUGCUGAGCAUAGAGCAAAUGCGGCGUGACGAGCCGCCUGCGGAUUCAGAUGACCUCGAACAAGUUGGGAUCUGGAAUGCACAGUACAGGGAGCUCGUACAACAGCUGUAUGACGAGCUGAGGAUUAUGGAGCCACUCGAGACGAGCGUCCCUCAUCCGUUCAUCUCGCUCUUGACGCCAGUGAAGGGCAAGAGGCUUCUCUCCAGGAUCACGCGUCAAUUUAACGACCAGCAAAUGAUGACCCUCGUCACACUUCUGGUUGCAUGUUUCUCUCAGCUGGACGUCAUUAUACAUUCAUCACUUCUCGAUAAUCCAACGGAAAGCCGAGACCGGUUAGACAUGGAGAAGCAAACUCAGGCUUUCCUCUCUAGCGUGGUGGAGAGCAUUUUGCCAGUCGUGGCGAAGACAGAAUUACGCCUGAUCAGCGGAUGGCUCGGGCUGCUAUUUGAGAGAAGUGACAUUGUAGCCGUCUCUCAAACAAGCCCUGGAAUUGCAUUUUUGACUAUGUUGAUGGGUCGAGUAGAAAUCAUCAAGCAGAGCUUGAUCUCGCAGCCAGAGCUUCCAGGACAUCCCACGCCUGAUGAAGCCCAUCAAUGGCAACUCAUAUUCGAUCAUCUAUUCCAGACUCUUCUUCCAAACUUAUUAUACCUCUUCCCGUCCACCCGCUUAGCUGUCACCACGGAAUCGCUCCCGCCGAUCGAAUCAAUGCCUGACCUCCACCCUGAUGCUCUCGAUCAAGCUGUCUGGCAGUUCCUCGGCGCCCUUGCAGAGCAAUCCUCUAGCGAGCAGCAACAGGCACUGGUCACAGUGCUCCGCGAAAAAAUCCUCGACAAUAUCACGAGUCUCCGCGAGGGCUGGUUCGCAAACGAGGACGAACGGCUCUCGAAAGUCAAUAAUGUGAAUAUGUUUUUGCAUCCCCUUGGUCUAGAUAUAUCACAGGUGAACGUAUAGUGUCCUUUGUACAUGGAGUGUGUUGUUUUUCCAUGGUGCUGUCACUCUGUCGUCUUGCUUUGGUGUGGUUGGGAUCGUAAAUUGUGGGUACAGUAAUUAUUGCAUGUUGCAUGAAGAUCUACUUCCGUCUAGUACGAUACCAAGGUACAUGUACAAUAAACCAAGAAUAAAUCAUCGACGACAAAA